GCCCAGGGAGGCGGAAGCGGAAGCUAGGUGGUAGGGCGGCGCUCUCUGAUGAUGUCAGAGGCAAACCACCGUUUCGUAGCGCUCCUCGCGAGAGAGAGCCUCUCGACCCACGCGGCGCGCGGCCGUCGCGGCGCUUAAGGGAGUGUGGAAUGUAGACUGUGUAUAGACUCGCACUCGGAUCCGAGAUUCCGGGUUCGCUUCAUUAUUUAUUUGCAUGCAGUUUUGACUUUGAAGUCACUUUUAUAUCCAAUUUUCCCCUUUAAGGAGCUCUAGAGGAUGUACAUCUUUCUUCCCACCCCUGUUUUAUUUCAACAACAACCCAGUGAGUUCGCAGUACCUCAUUUGCCGUAUGAACCGGCCCUCCCACCAGUGGGAAUUUGUUUGGUUUUUAACACGCACGAACACCUUACACCCAAACUCCACCCGGAAGGUUUCCUCUUUGUGAAUGUGUUGUUGUUGUUGUUGUUUAGUCGUUUAGUCGUGUCCGACUCUUCGUGACCCCAUGGACCAGAGCACGCCAGGCACUCCUGUCCUCCACUGCCUCCCACAUUGUGAAUGUGUAGACAGAUCUAUAGAGCAGAUGGGACAAGCCAGGGCGUGUGACGUCAGAAGAGUGCGCCGGGUGGCCGGUCCUGCUCGGGUUCUGAGCCGGGAAGAGGCUGCUUAGGGCGCCCCGCGCGACGGAGGCUGAGAGGUUUGGCUGCGAUGUGUGAAGCCGAGGAGGGAGGCUGCGGAAACGAGACGCAGCCUAAGAGGGCACCCCGGGGCAGCUGCCCCUCAAAAUGCAUGAAGUGCAAAGAAGGUUCCCCGGCGUUGAUCAUCCGUGUUGGGGAUGCCUUUUGCAAGAGCUGUUUCAAGGAUUAUUUUGUUCACAAGUUCCGGGCUAUGCUUGGCAAGAAUCGCUGCAUUUACCCUGGAGAGAAGGUUCUGCUUGCAUUUUCGGGCGGCCCUGCCUCCAGUUCAAUGGUGCGGCAAGUGCAAGAGGGCUUGAGCCGGGAAGCAGCCAAGAAACUCCGCUUCAAGCCAGGAAUCAUCUAUGUUGAUGAGGGUGCUGUGUGCGGACAGAGCCCAGGGAGGCGGGAGGAGAUCCGCAGCGAGGUGGAGAUGAUCCUGCAAGCCACAGGGUUCCCUUAUCACCUGGUGUGCUUGGAAGAGGUGUUUGACCUUCCAGGCUCUGUGCUGCACUCCAUUCCCCAUAGUGCCACUGACCACGGCGGCAGCUACAAGGAAGCUGUGGAUGGUUUCAUAAGAUGGCAGCAGCACGAGAAGACGGCGGGGGACUCAGCAAGCUCCCUGGAGGACCAGCUGGCUAGGCUUAACGUUCAGGGAUCUUUACAGCAGGAGGGACCGCCAGUCCCAGGAACUAGGCCUCCUCCGGUGCCCCAUACUGAAGAACUGACCAAGCUCUUUGGGGCUGUGAAAACCCUGACUGCAAAAGAGGAGCUCCUACAGACUCUCCGUAACCACCUGAUUCUGCAUGUGGCCCGGACAAGUGGAUAUUCCAAGGUGAUGAUGGGGGACAGCGGUACCCGUGUGGCUGUCAAGCUCUUGACCAACCUGUGCCUGGGACGGGCCUUUCUGGCUGCAGAUACGGGCUUCUCAGACAGUCGCCACGGUGAUGUGCUGUUCUUGCGUCCCAUGCGGGAAUACACUGCCAAAGAGAUUGCCUUCUACAAUUGCUUCUUUGGGGUGCCCACAGUCUUCAUGCCUGCGCUGGAUACUAAAACCCCUGACAGAGCCAGCAUUCACCGCCUGAUUGAAAGCUUCCUCUACAAGUUACAGUGUGACUUCCCCUCCACCACCAGCACAGUCUGCCGGACAGGUGAGAAGCUUUGUGUGACUUCCCCAGAGACUGACCCUGGUGGACCCACAGAAACACCCCAGUGCCUCUUCUGUCUCUGCGCCUUGGACACCAAUGCUGUGGACGGCUCCUCCUUGCAGUCGACGGUGCUGUCAGAGCAGCUCUGCCAGAAGCCACUUCCACCAUCCACUGGGAAUGGCUGCUGUGGAGGGGCCUCGAAUCAGACAGGAUGCUGCAGGGCCCCUCUGGCGCCAAGAGAUUCUUCCCAGCUUCUCCCAUUGCUCUGCUACAGCUGCCGCCUGACCAUCAAAGACAUGAGCUCCUUGGAGCCUCUCCCAGCCUACAUCCACUUGGAGGCAGAGCACCGGCGAUGCAGGGCUGCAAUGAAGCAAGAAAUCCAGGAGUUCUUGCUUGAAGAAGAGGACAGUGAUGCUGCUGAGGGCCUUCCCCUGAGCUGAUGACAGGUUUGCUGAGCUCUGGAGAACUAGAGUAGAACACCCAAUGCAAGAAAGCACCCCCUCUUGGCUCUUAUUUGACCUUUUCUUCCUUCCUGAAUUUUAUAAAUUUUCUAACGCAAAUAAAUUAUUCUGAAGCCACAAGCAUCUGGCUCAGUGAUGCUACA